UAAACAAUGUGAUUUAUAUCUUUGUAUUAUUUACUAUAUCGUUAUUGUUUUUCGUUUUAUUUGUAUCGGUACACGGGAUGAGGAACCAUAGUUUCAGGAGCCGUUGAAUGAUCGGAAGCUUGUAUGACGAACACAAAAGAAUACAGUAGAGGUCGGUGCGCCUUCAAGAUAAAGUAAUUUAAAAUUUCCGUUAUUUAUAUUUGAUGAAGACAAUGUUUAGGGAGCCAUAGUAAAUUGUGUGUGUAUUUUUUAACGACAACUGUAAGGAUUUCAUCAUCAUGUUUUUGAAAAUUGAAUUGCUGGACACGAAGAGGCAUCCAAGUUACUAAAGUAGGUGUAGGCUGUUCUGAAAUAAUGGUGGGAGAUUGAUUGUCUACAUAAAGGGAAAAUGCCAUUGUCAGACAUUUUGGACAGUCUAAAGGACAAUCCGUACUUUGGGGCUGGCUUUGGUCUGGUCGGAGUCGGAACCGCCUUGGCGCUAGCCAGGAAAGGAGCCCAGGUUGGGAUGGUGUUUUUCCGCAGACACUACAUGAUCACUCUGGAAGUGCCCAGCAAGGACAAGAGCUACCAUUGGCUCCUGAGUUGGAUCACCAAGCACGCCACUCGAACUCAGCACUUGAGCGUGGAGACUUCAUACAUGGCGCAUGAAAGCGGACGUGUUCAAACCCAGUUUGACUUCCAUCCCAGCCCAGGCAACCACAUCAUCUGGUAUGGCCACAAGUGGAUCAGAGUGGAGAGGACCAGAGAGAAACAGAUGAUUAACAUGAACACUGGCACUCCCUGGGAGUCAGUCACUUUCACGGCAUUGGGUCGGGACCGAAAAGUCUUCUUCAAUAUCUUACAGGAAGCCAGGGAGUUAGCCCUGAAGCAGGAGGAAGGUCGUACGGUGAUGUACACGGCCAUGGGAGCCGAGUGGCGACCAUUUGGGUUCCCGCGGCGACGCAGGCCCCUCAGCUCCGUGGUGCUGGAGGCGGGUGUUGCUGAAAAGAUCGUGGAUGACGUCAAAGAGUUCAUUGGAAACCCGAAGUGGUACACGGAUCGAGGCAUCCCAUACAGGAGAGGAUAUCUACUCUAUGGACCCCCGGGAUGUGGAAAGAGCAGCUUUAUCACGGCUCUUGCUGGCGAGCUGGGCUACAGCAUCUGUUUGAUGAGCCUGAGCGACCGCUCGCUUUCGGACGACCGUCUUAAUCACCUGUUGAGCGUUGCACCGCAGCAAAGUAUCAUUUUGUUGGAGGAUGUGGACGCCGCCUUCGUUAGCCGAGAGCUGCUUCCGACGGAGAAUCCUCUAGCCUACCAAGGAAUGGGAAGGCUGACUUUCAGUGGCCUACUGAACUCUCUGGAUGGAGUAGCUUCCUCUGAGGCCAGAAUUGUAUUCAUGACCACUAAUUAUAUUGAAAGGCUAGAUUCAGCAUUAAUACGACCCGGUCGUGUGGAUCUCAAACAGUACAUCGGCCAUUGCACCCACUGGCAGCUCAGCCAGAUGUUUCGACGCUUCUAUCCCGACCAGGCAGUCUCAGAGUGUGAACGUUUUGCAAACUGUGCUUUGAAGGUCCGCACGGAGAUCAGUGCAGCUCAGGUGCAAGGACACUUUCUGCUGCACAAAAUGGACCCUGUGGGAUCGAUACAAAACAUCGCUCAAAUACAGGAAUAACAAGACAGGCUGAUUUGUUCUUUUUUAAAUCUUGAAAUUACUGUUUACGUGAGGAAAAAAUGAAAAACUGGUUCUCAACCUCUGAACUCAACUGCUUGAUCAUGGGAAAUAGCACAUUUAUAAUGUUUUGUGCAGAUUUUAUGAAUCAUAAAUUAAAAAG